AUGAUGUAGAAACUCUGCUGGAUGGAAAUGCUGACCACUGCUACUCAGCAAAUCUGCAUCACCGUGGCCAUCCUCCCACCUCCGCCCACACAGAGGAACAGGUGUGGUGAUGAAGGAGCAGCUGGAAGAGCAGAGGUUUCAUCUUAAGACCUGCUGAAGACAAAUAAAACUGAUCGCAUCACUCUGACCUCCUUUAAAUAAAACUUAUUUUCACCUCAAGGUGGUUAUAUCUGAUUGAUUUUCAAGAUCUUGUCUUCAGUUAUUUGUACACCAUUUGUUAAGUGUUAAAAACAAAAUUAAUUUCUUGGCUGAUGAACAUUUUUGCCUUCUUUAAUGUAAUUUAUUUUGUCUUUUUGUAUGAAAAGCAUGGGCUGUAGGUUGUGGCAGAAAUAAACCAAAACAUUUUACAUAAA